AUGGACCGCAAGAAAACCGUCAAGGAUCGCUUGAAUGAUGUGGAGGAGUCUCUGGACAACAUUGCGAGAAGCGGACUAGCGCAAGGCUGCUCAGGUCUUUUGGUUCAUGAGUUCAAGGACGUAGUGAGCGAGUACUGGACGCAAGCCGAACACAAUGCCUCUCGCAACAAUGAGCUCGUCAUCUAA